CCGAAUUCCUCACCAUUCAUGACUCGUGAGGCUGCUGCUGGGGCCUGGGGUUGUUGGGUUGGUGGUGUUUGGUGGUCGCUCUGAUGACUCGUGAGGUAGCCAGCAGGUCGUUGCAGAUGCAGGGCAGCACGGCGGGCACAGUGCAACUGUACGAGCCGGUAGCCUCACUACAGUCUACAGUCGUUGAGAAAAUUGUCAUCGUCUUGUGACUAGAACGUGAGGCUCAUCAAGAUCAGAAGCAGUAGUCCUCCACCUCGAUCAUUCACUCCAAACACAUGCAUGGUGGGAUCAUCACCUCCACCUCGAUCGUUCACUCCAAACACAGCAACCUUGUGACUGUAUGUAACCAACACCAAAUCAAACCAAGAAACAGAUCGGUUGCAAGACACAGACCACCACCAUGACCGCCUCCUCAUCUCCCUUGCUCCCCGCUCUCCUCCUCCUGCUCAUCGUCUUCGUGGACGGCGGCUCCGGCGCGGAGGCAAAGACGGCGCUGGACCAGCUGUGCGGGAGCCUGGGCAGCUACUACGUGACGCCGGACCUCUGCGCGUCCGCGCUCUGCGCCGACCCGUCCGCGCCGUGCCGCGCCGCCCGCGACGCGCCAGCGGUGGCCGCGCUCGCGGCGAGGCUAGCGGCCGACAACGCCACCGCGGCCAAGGGCAGCAUCGAGGCCGCGCUCUCGCUCGCCGGCUCCGCGGGGGGAGCGGCGAGCGCAAUGCGGUCGUGCCUGCAGCUGUACGCCGGCGCCGUCCCCGCGUUGCGGUGGGCGGCGCGGUCCGUGGCCGCCGGGCGGUACCGCGGCGCGCGGGAGGUGCUGCAGGCUGCGCAGUACGUCGCGGCGGGGUGCGAGGGCAUGGCCGGCGACGCGGCGGCGCUGCCCAGGGAGAACGGCCGCUUCAGCGACAUGGCGUUCGUUGCGCACGCCGUCGUCGCCUCCAUGUCCAGAGACUGAUCGAUCGACCACUCUUCUGGCCUAGCUAGCUAUGCACUGCAUGCUAACCCAAAACCCAUCGGUGUUCGUUGUAAUAAUUAUAUGUUCUAGCUGUAACAGCAACUCGAUCCAUCGUGCUGUCAUGUGAAUCGAUUAACAGAUUGAGCUC